CGUCGUGUUGAAUUUAAAAUUUUAAUGAUCUAGUUAUCCUACGACAACGUGUGUAGAUUGCCACUUUUUUCGGUUCAGCAACACGAAUAUGAAUGCACAUAGUCGUCGAGGUUUACAUUUUUUAUGUAUUUAAAUUUCUGUUCGAAUAUCCAAACAUACAAUAUCGUACUCAUGUUUACAGUUUAGAUGACACAUUUACCGACGUAUACUUCAAAAUGAAAAUUGUUUUGUUAUCUUACCUACGUGAUUUCGUUACUUGCAAUCGUGAUGAAUCGAGUCCGAAAAAAUAUGAAGUUACCACACCAACCUCGCCGACCGAAAAACCACAGCCGGAUCCGGUCAAGACAGAGAAGACUGAUAUCAACCUGGAAUCGAACGGAGGAGACGAAUUCGAUCCGCAUGACUACGGUAAUAGUAAACAUCCGACGACUUUUUGGGGCAACGUGAUCCAUUUGAUAGUAAUUGCGGCCGGACCUACUUUAUUAAGUUUACCUUCGACUUUUGUGCAAGUUGGUUAUGUGAUCGGUUUUUUCGGUACAUUUAUAACGGUGCUUUUUUACAUGUAUUGUAUGAAAACAAUAGUUAAAACCGAAUACAUCCUAUGUAAACGUUUAAAAAGGCCGAAUUUAUCAUACCCCGAAACGGUAUACCAAGCUUUUCAUACCGGACCCAAAUAUGCCAGAUGGUUCGCCGAUUAUACGCAUUUAUUAAUUUAUGGAGCUUUUAUGUGCGUUUGGGUCGGAGGAAACUCUAUCUUCUUAUUGUUGGCUUGCUCGAAUAUGAAAUUCGUUUACGAGUAUUUUUUUCACGAAGAAAUAACCACUCGUAUGAUAAUGAUUUAUCUGGCCAUUCCUUUAGUUUUAUUAUGCUGGAUUCCGAAUUUGAAAUACCUAGUACCUUGUUCUGUUUUCACGAAUUGUAUCAACGCGAUUGGUAUAUGCGCCAUUUUAUACGACACUCUGCAAAACACGCCAUCAUUAGAGUCGAGAAAAAGCUUCGGUACAGUCGAAAGUAUACCUUUAUUCUUGGGUACAAUUUUAUUUACUCUUAACGCUACAGGCAUCAUGAUGCCUUUGAAAAACGAGAUGCAGAAUCCGAAAAAAUUCAACGCCGCUUUAGGAGUGCUCACCGUAUCCUACAUUCCAGUCAGUAUUCUGUAUACGAUAUUCGGAACACUUUGUUAUAUCAAAUACGGAGCCGGGGUAAAUGAAAACGUCAUCUUGAAUUUACCUCCGACUAAGUUAUCUAAAAUUAUCAUAGGAGUUUACGGCAUAGGUAUUUGUUUCUUUUACCCGGUCGUCGCGUACGUAUCUUUCGAGAUCAUUUGGAACAAUACGUUGAAAAAUAAAUUUCAAAAGUCUACCCGUCGUAAAAUAUACGAAUACGUUGUACGUACCCUUAUAGCAUUAUCGUCCAUUGUGUUAGCUUACAUCGUACCUAACAUGGCUUUAUUUAUAUCUUUAGCCGGCACCGUUUCUACCUCUUUGGAUAGUAUCAUUUUUCCAGCUUUUACCCAGAUUUUAGUUCAUCACGGAGAAAAAAGGCCGGCGCUUGUGAUUAAAAAUACCCUAAUCAUAUUGUUCGCUUUUUUACUAAUGAUCACCGGUACCAUCAACAGUAUUUCGCAAAUAAUCGCUUACUAUUCUUAAUGUAAUUUUUUCUCUGACUCUUCUCACCUCUUCUAGCGUUUCUGCCCUUCCCUUCUGUUUUUUUGUAUAGGAUAUCUAAACCAUAAAUAUUAUACACUAUACAGUAGAAUAUCAUACUCCAUCGCGUUUUUUGUCCUUUUCAUCCAAUUGUUGUAUUUUUCUCGCAGUUCGUUCUUAUUUAUGAAAACAAUGCGUUGCUAUAAAUUAUCGUAGGACAGUCGCUAUGUUUUUCCUUGUAUGUAUAUAAUGUACCGACUUUGUAAUUAAUUGUAAAAAUAUAAUUUUGUACGAUGUCCAUGAUUUUGUGGAAUAUUUAGAAUGAAUAAAGACAGUAAAGUAAA